CACUGAAUUUUGUUUGGAAAUGAAAUCUCGGAUGUUACUAGCAUGUUCAACUUUGUGUAUAUUUAACAUUAGACUGCGGAGAUGUUACUUCUCUAUGACUGCUGUUGUUGCAGGGCGGGCGGACACUGAGGCGUGGGGGCUCCGGGUGGUAGGAACUGUCCUCCUGGUUCAUGUGCAACGGCGGAACAAAGAGGGCGCGGACUCGCUCCUGGAUACGGUGCGGUUGCUAUGAUGGAGCAGGCUCAGGCCCAGCUGAGGGUGUUGGAGCUGUACAGUGGUAUCGGGGGCAUGCACUACGCUUUGAAAGAGAGAAAAUACUAGGAAAGCCACUGGGACGAAAUGCUGACAAGUCUGAUGAAAGUUGCGCAAAUGCAAACGUUGUUGCUGCGGUUGACAUCAAUACCAUUGCCAAUGAAGUUUACAAGCACAAUUUUCCUAACACCUAUCUCUGUCCCAAGACAAUUGAAGGUAUGACAUUGGAUGAAUUCAAUAAACUGGACUUUGACAUGAUCCUAAUGAGUCCUCCUUGUCAGCCAUUCACAAGAAUAGGUUCACAGAAAGACGUAUUGGAUCCCAGGACCAAGAGCUUUUUGUACAUGCUUGAUAUACUUCCAAGACUUUCCAAAACCCCUAAAUAUAUUCUUCUAGAAAAUGUCAAAGGAUUUGAAACAUCUGUUGUGAGAGAUAAAUUAAUACAAACGUUGGACAGCUGCAGAUAUAUUUACCAGGAAUUCCUUCUAUCACCAACCUUGUUGGGCUUCCCAAACUCGAGGCUGCGAUAUUUCCUUCUUGCAAAGCGCCAACCUGAUACCUUCUGCUUCCAAACUUCUUAUCAGAUAAUAGAACGUUUCCCAGACCAUGAUGUUACAGAUUCAAGAUUUACUGAUGAUUCCAAUUGUGAUCAGAUAGUAACCACAGGUGAUAAUAAAGGCGAACACAAGAACUCGGGAUAUUGUGCUGGGACUGACAAAAGUGAAGCCAAUAUGACUCGACUUUACAAAUUAGAGACACCAGAACACCUGAAAAAGAAGCAAUUCCAGAACAACAAUUUAUCAAUCCAAAUGAUCCAAGAAUUCUUGGAGGAGGAAUUGAAGGAUCCAAGCUCAUACUUCAUACCCCUAAAGACGUUACUGCGUUAUGCUUUAGUACUUGACAUAGUUGGACCAUCUUGUAGACGAUCGGUGUGUUUCACUAAAGGAUAUGGCCAUUACGUUGAAGGUACUGGUUCUGUGUUGAAGACCGCACCAGAUGUUGAGCUUUCUGAAGUCUUCCAGUCAUUUCAGACACUGUCAGAUGAUGAAAAGUUAUCCCAGCUAUCAAAACUAAAACUACGAUAUUUCACUCCGAGGGAAAUAGCAAAUCUUCAUGGAUUUCCUCCAGAAUUUCGUUUUCCACAGAAUAUUUCACUGAGACAAAGUUAUCGUCUGCUUGGAAACAGCCUCAAUAUCAACGUGGUAGCCAAGCUCAUUGGCUUGAUGGUUCAGUGAUAUCAAAAGCCUAUAAGAUUUAUGAUGUAUUCUGUGUAAAUAUGUACAUCUGGAAAUGCUCAUUUUGCCUAAUAAAUCUGGAAAUGCUUAUUUUACCUAAUAAAUAUGCCUGUUUUUAAUAUUAUCAAUAUAUUGAAAUUGUCUUUUUGAUAUUGCUGCAUACAAGUCUGCCCUUCCAUGCAUUAAAAUAUCAGAACUUAAUCAGUACGGCAUGGAAUGUAAGCUGAAUGUUUUGCUUUGUAGUUGGGGUUUUGUGACAUAACUCUUAUUCAGCUUCCUAACAGCACUGUACCCGACACCACCAGACAGACAAUAGCAGUUCAAGGUGUUUCACUGGCAUCUUUUCAAGGGCAAUUAAGAAUAAGCAACAAAUGAUGGUAUAGCCAGCAAUGCUAAAGUUAUGUGCAAGAAUCAAAACAUACUGUAAUGUGAACAAAUUUAAAAUAAUUCUCGUAUAUUUAAAAUGUUUAACCAAGCUGAUUUUUAAAUUGUUUAAUAAAUUUAGUCUGAUGACAAAUUGUUUGUAUUUUGAAAGAAUAAACCAAAAUGUUUCAUGCAGGGUCAUUUUGUUUCAAUCAUGGCAGUUUUACAUUGCACUAUUUAUUUGUACAUCAAGUCCUUGUUUAUUAUGUCUCUGUAUUCUAGUUCUGAUUUGGAGGUGCCGGUAUUGAACUAGGGUAGAUAAAGUUAGUUAUAAUCCAACAGGUUAAUUUGGAAUCACUAGCUUUCAAAGCGCUACUUCUUCAUCAUUUCUAGUUCUGAAAUAUAAUGCAGCGACUUAGAAUUAUAUAAUAAUGCCAGGUCAUAUUGAAUGAAGAGUCUGUAUGUCUUCAUUGAAGAAUUUGGCAGUCUACUGUUCAUUUAUUAUAGUUGUAAUAUGAUUCUCUUCAUAACCUUUACAGCCUUCCAGUCCAGAAUUUGACAUUGAACAUCACUUCAGGCCAAAAUAUUAUUUUGGAAAGGUUUAUUGCAAAUUCCUUCCUUUAGUGUUCUGGAGGCAGGUUCCAUUAAGGAAUUCAGGAAUGUAUUGAAUGAUUAUUUGGAUAGAAGUAAAGUGCAAGGUUACAGAGGAAAAGCAGGAGAUUCAUGGUUUGUAGUGACCCUUCACCCUUGCACCAGGGAAACAACAUAUCAUCAUGGAUUCAUGUUUGCAGCUGGUGAUACAUCUGUCUGUUCUGGCUGCUAUUUCUUUUGAACUUCUUUUGAAUAAAUAUGUGACUAAAAAUGCCUCCAGCGUCCAAACCUUUUCAAUAUUUAUCAAAGUGUCUGAUGCGCAACUAAAGUUUUUUUUAAUGCUAAAUUUUAUUCAGUUAUUUGACAACAGAGAAGGAAGGUUUAAUUUUCAUUGCCUUUCUUGGAAGUAGAUGUAUUGUGUACCUGGAAUGGAAAUGAGUUUGACGUCUAUAUCAUUUUUGUAGUUGGAACUCACCACGUAAACUGGUUGCAAACUCCCCAAAACAGCGUUUCCCUGUAUUUCUGGCAAGAUGGUGGUUUCAAGGAAAUUUCCAAUUGCUAACCCAAAAGCCUGUCAAUAAUUAAAACAGCUAGGAAUGUUGAUAGUCAUCUAAAGAGAACUGGCAUACCAAGGGAUGGAAUUUAUGUCAUAGUUAUGUGAAACUCUAUUGGAUUUCAUCAGAAAUACUGGAUGAAGUUCUUGGCCCUGACCUUAAGAUGGAUAAACAGACCAGUGGUGCAGCAGAAAUCUUAAUUUUUUUCUUCUUCUCUCUUUAUCAAGCACUCUAUCGCUUGACAUUUAGCUUUAUUUAAUAUAUUGUACCUAGGUGCAGUGAAAAAUGAGUAAUGUUGCCAUGUUC